GUGUGUGUGUGUGUGUGUGUGUGUGUGUGUGUGUGUUAGUAUUUAAAGGAAGCGGAGUAGGAGGCGAUUACACGUAUGCGCGCACGCUCCGGACGAAACGGCAAACAGUUUAUUAAGAGAAAAGAGACAAAGAAGAAGAAAGAACGAAAGAAGAACCAGCAGGAUGGAAGUGACAUCACACAUCUCCAACCCUACUGAGGGCGGAGUCAGUCAUAACCCAAACCAAUCGGAAUGCAUCUCGAGUCAGCCAACAACAAAUGGGACGCUGCCACAUCAAGACGCAGAGGAGGCCCCGCCCCCUCCCUCUGAUAGGUCAGAAGAUGACCUCAGCGAUGACUCUUUGACAGGCAGCUCCUCCACCAAUGACGUCUCUCGACUGCUGCCCUCCCACCCCAUCACAGCUCCCCGCAAACAGAAAGGUGUGGACGACUCAUCAGUGUCUCCUGGUCCUGUCCGUGCUCCUCCUCCUCCAUCAUCCAGCUAUAACAGACACAGCUGCAGCCUUCAUCAUCAUCAUCAUCAUCAUCGUCCCCACCAUCAUCAGAGCACCAGUCAGAAGCGUCUGUCCUCCACUAAAAGCCACGCCUCCAUAAAAAGCGACGCUGCCCACAUCAAGGAGGUCGCAGGAGACGAUUGCUGUGUUCACUGUCUCCUGGCCUGUCUGUUCUGCGAGACGCUGUCCAUGUGUUUUGCGGUGGGGGAGUGUCUAGCGUGCGGAGUGGGCGGAGCCGGGUGCUGCAGCGCCGCUGAUGGUUGCUGCUGCUGCUGCGUGGAGGCGGCGGGGGAGGCGGCCUGUACGGAGGACGCCUGUCAAGCCGUGUUGGACUGUGGGAUCCUGGAGGACUGCUGUGGCUCGUCCGACUGCAUGGACAUCUGUCUGGAGUGCUGCUCCCUCUGCUUCCCCUCGUAGACCAGCCAAUCAGAGGCAGACUACAAGAUGAGGUCACAGACACUGAGCCAGACCAGGAGGACUGAUGACAUCAUAACUCUGAUCUUCAUGUCACCUGGUGGACAUGAUGGUGACUGGGAUGGCGUCUCCGUGUGGACCCACGUCCUCAAAGUCACUUUGACUUCCUCAUGUUUUAAAUGAUUCUUAUUAUCAUGACGACAAAAGUUAAAGCUACAAUGUGAAGAUCAACAUGUGCCAGUGUAACGUGAGUACAUGUAAUCAGAUUACUCUCAGACUACUACGUAUGGAUUCCAUGUGCAGCUCUGAGCGACGACAGGAGUAAACUUGACUGACAGCUCGGGGGGGUUGGGUGGGACAGGAAGUGGGUCCAGCUGGGACAGGAAGUGCGUGUUUGUUGAAGCUAUGUGCCAGGACAUCCAAACAGGAAACAGGAAAUCUCUGUGAUGACAACUCCACCUGACCUCUGACCUCCGGGGCGCGCAACAUCAAAGACACGAACACAACCACACACAGUACAGACCCAGUAUCACCGACAGAGAUGAAGGUUGUGAUCAGAAACAUGACGGAAAAAGGGCUCAUACUGCCCCCUGGUGUUCAUACUGAAGAGUUGUACUCUGCCUGAGGAAACACAAAGACACAACCACCUGGAUUGUCAUGAAUUUAUUUCGGUAUAAAAGUUUGAUCUAUAAAAACUGAGAUUACAGUCAUUUACAUGAACAUUCUAAAUGAAAUGAAUCCCUUCUUCAUGAAGCUGUCGUUACUAUUGUAGCUGUGGCUGGAUCUCUGUUCUGAACAUCACUGGGUUCAAAGAGUCAAUUCAACUGCUUUUACUUUACUCAGUGUCAACAAAUAUCUGGACUUUUGAUCUAUUUAAUGUUAAAUGAGUUGAUAAAGUUGGUUUUAUAAUUCUAA